AUGGAGGGGAACUGUAGUGGGCCGCAGCAUCAGAAGCUGCAGCGGCAGCAGCAGCCGCUGCAGCAUAGCCAGCAAACAGAGCAGCAGACAGGGUUCUUGACUGGAGCUGCGGAAGUGAGUGCAGCAGAAGCCUCCCUGCUACUGCUGCAGGGUGAGUCCUCUGCUUCUGAAGCAGCACGCGCUUCAGAUUUUGGUGUUGCUGCGCUGACUUCCCCUGGGCUGCCGAGCAGCAGCAGCAGCAGCAGCAGCAACAGCAGCACCAUUCACUGUUCAAUUCCUAUUGCUGCUCCUGAGCUGCGAACUCGGCGCAGUAGCGGCCACUUCUUCCGCACCCCUGGCCCUCAGGUAUCGCCGCCGCAACAGCAGCAUCAGCAGCACAUGCAGCAGCAGCAGCAAUUGCAGCAGCCGCAUUUGCUGUCUUUGAGUCCUCCAUUCAAAAGCAUUACCUGUGUCUCUACAGCCCACACAACACCCGUUGAGCUCUUCGCACCAGAGGCACCUUUGAAGGCCUGGGCAGACACAGCAGCAGCAGCAACUGCAGCAGCAGCCGCUGCCGCUAUUGCACACGGCUCUCCAUUAGUUACUGCAGCUGUUCCUGCAGAGAAGGAGCAGCAGCAGAAGCAGAAGCAGCAGCAGCAAGGGCGAACUUCGCUACAUGUGCAUCGUGAGGCUGAGGCUGCUACUGCAAAGGCAGCAGCAGAAGCAGCUGCAGCAGCAGCUGCUGCAGCAGCAGCAGCUGCUUCUGCUGAGAAAGACAUGCUGUAUAGUAAGGUCUCCACUAAACCCAUGAAUGCCCGGUGUAUCUUCUCUAGGCAUCCGAAGCUGCAAGGUGAGCUCGAGCAGCAAAAGCAGCAGCAGCAGCAGCAGCAGCAGCAGCAACUGCAGCAGGUUUCGCAAAAGGCGCCAAAGGAGCCUCAAUUACAGCCACAUCCGCCCCGAAGGGUUUAUCCUGCUGCAAGCAUGGGCGGCCCUUCCUCUCUUCCUUUCAGCAGCACCAGCAGCAACAGCAGCGGGGUUGAUGUAUUUGCUUUGCCUCAGCUGAGGCCUUGCAAGGAAUGGCAGCAGCAGCCGAUGCAGCAGCAGGUGCAGCCGCAGCAGCAGACGCAACGAACAGAAGCACUCAGCUGCAGAAGCAGCAACACCAGCACCCGUCUGUUAGUCCCCUCUCCAGCAGCAGAAAUGGGCCACGCAGAAGGAACAUCCCGUGCUGCUGCUACUGCUGCUGCUGCUGCUGCUGCUGCUCGAUUCUCCGGCAGUCCUGCGGUGGACGCAGCUGCUGCUGCAGAGGCAGCAAAAGACUUUAAGAGACGAUCCAGAAUACUCCAAGAUCAGCAGCAGCAAAAGCAACAGCAGCAGCAACAGAACGAGCAGCAGCAGCAGCAGCAGGAAGCAUAUUGUUUCAGACAAUCGAAUCAACAACCUGCAGACACACCGCGAUCUCCCCCCCAGCUCAGGCAGCACUUGAAGCAUGAUUUGCAGCAGCAGCGGAAGCAGCAGCAGCAGCAGCGGCAGGGGAGAGUGCAGCGAGAGCAGCAGCUGCUUGAGAAUUUGCUGCGGAAGCAUGUGGGGAAGGGCCUGGCUGACAGCCGGGUGUCUCGUGUGCUGCAGCAGCAACAGCAGCAGCUGCUGCUGCCCUUGCCUUCGCUGAGGGAGAGGUUUGUGUCGCUGUGCAAUGCUGACUGGCAGCAACAGCAGGACGACGCCGCUGCAGCAAUGCUGCUGCUGCCUCCUCUUUGUGCUGUGCUAGGCCGCUGCAGAAACGACGGCCCUGCUGCUGAUGCUGCUGCUGCACCCCUAUCCCAUCGACAGCAGCUCCAGCAGCAGGUUCUACAGGAGAUCCAGCGGUUGCGGCAGCAGCAGACUUACCCAUGCUGCAGCAGCAGCUGGCCCUGCAGCGGAAGCACCAUGCUUCCGCUGCUGCUGUCUCUUGUCCCACCUUCAACUCCUUCGUACGCGGUCUACAGCUACUCCUGUAGCAGCAGCAGCAAGAGCAGCAGCAGCAGCAACAGCAGCAAGGCCAGCAGCAGUGGCUCCUCUGCAGCCCUUCACCGUUCCUCCAGCAGCAAAAGCAGAAGCAGCAACAGAAGCAUCAGCAAGGGAAGCAGCAGCAGCAGCUUCGCAUACAGCCAGAAACUAUCUCCAAUGAGGGAGGCAGGAUCAGUAGCAACAGCAGCAGCAACAGCUGCAGCACCAGCAGCAGCAACAGCAGCAGACUUCACGCUACCCGUUGACUAUGAGAGUUUUGCUGCUAUUGCAGCAGCAACAGCAGCAGCAAGUUCAGCAGCAGCAGGAGCCGUGACUCAAGGCCCUUCACACCUUUCUGGGGCCCUCAGGAAAAAGCCUGUUGCUUCUGGUGCAGCAGCGGCAGCAGCAGCAGCAGCAGCAGGCAAGGUUAGGACCUUCUUGCUGCUUCAGGGGCAAGACUGCGGCAGGCCGCCCCGUCGUUUGCUGCUGCUGAAGGAGGAUAUCGACACAACAGCAGUAGCAGCAGCAGCAGCAGGGCCUGCUGUAGGGAGCAGCAAAGAGCCAGCAGCAGCAGCAGCAGCUCCGCGAAUUUUCAGCGGAUGUUUGCUGCCUGUUGCUCCUUCUCCUUUGGCGUCGGCGCCCCUUCCAGUGACAGCGAAGUUGUUUUUUAAUGCUGGCAGUGCUUCGCUCCGCGAGUUACUGCUGGGGAAGCUCUUCUGCAUUCGAUCCUUGGCUCGUUGCUGCUGCAGCAGCGACGGUAGCCGCAGCAGCAGCAGCAAAAGCAGCAGAAGCAACGACGUGGCAAGUCCUCAACAAACCCCGAGGCAUCGAAUGGCCCUGCUGCCUGUCUCAAGGACACAAGGAAACACCAGCAGCAACACCAAGUGCAGCAGCAGCAGCAGCAGCAAGAAAAACACCAGCAAGAGCAGCUGCUGCUCUGUGCUGCAGUCUCGGCAGCUGCAGCAGCAACGCGUUCCUUUGGCAUCUAGGGAGAAUAGAAGCAGCUUCAGCAGCACCAUCAGCAACAGCACCAUCAGCAGCAGCAGCAGCUGCAACAGCAGCAACUGCAACAGCGCCAACAGCAGCCUGCUUCUGUCCCUCGACGUCUAUGGGCUGCAGGAAUGCUCAGGAAGCCCUCUCAAUGCAGCUCUCAAGGAUGAGUGCUGCAGCAGCAGCAGCAGCAGCAGCGAGACGAGCAGCGGGAAGCUAACUUUCCAGCGCAACAGCAGCAACAGCAGCAAGGGCAACAGCAACUGCAGCACAGCCGUCAGCAGCACCAGCAGCAUCGCAGUUGCCCUGACUCCUCAUGCAGCUGCCGCGCCCUCUACUGCUGCUGCUGCUGUUCCUCGCACAGAAGAGCCACCAGCUAAGCCUGCUGCUGCAGCUGCUGCAGCAGGACCCGUUGCUGCUGCUGCUGCUGAGGCGAAAUGGCUGCUGCCCUUUGAAGCUCACUUCUGCGCCUCCUCAUCUCUUGCUGCUUCCGACUGUUUAGGCGGAGUGCUGCUGCAGCAGCUGCUGCAGCGACACGUCAAUUUCUUGCAUGCGCUGCAGCCUCCCCAGCACAAGCAGCAGCAGCAGCAGCAGCAGCAGCAGCCCCACAGAGAAGCCUUCACUGCUCAGCAACACCAGCCCCAACUCCACAGUCAUUCAAGCAGCAGCAAGAGUGCCAGCAGCAGCAACAGCGGCAGAGACAGAGAUAUGACCCUCCUACUGACCCCCGCGGUGCCUCAGUCGGCCUCGCUGUUGAAGACAAUCAACCAGCUCUAUAUUGAGAAGGGCGUCAUCCCUCCAGAGGAGCUUUGUUUGUUUCUAGUGUUUGAACAGCUGAAGCUGCUGCAGCAACUGCACCAGGUGGGGCUGCUGCACUGCAACAUCAGUUUGAGCAGCUUCGUGGUGGCUCCCGCUGCCGCAGCAGCCACAGCACUGCAGCAGCAGCAGAAGCAGCAGCAGAAGCAGCAGCAGAGUCACCCGCUGCUGCCGGAAGGCGAAGCAGCAGCAAUUGAACUCUUUGGGAUCGACUUGGCUACUGGGAUCGAUUGCCGCGCCUUGUGCUGCGGUGUCUGCCCUGUAGAGCCACCUACUACACCCCAGUACGAUGCAAGUUUGCUGCUGGGGAGACACUUGCUGCUGGGCAGAGACUUGCAGCAGCAGCAAAAGCCGCUGCACCUUAAAGAGAACAGGCCGGGGCAGCAGCAGCAGCUGCUGCUGCUGCAGCAGCUACUGCGGCCUCAAGUUUUGGUCCGGCUGCCCCUAAGACGGCAUUACGCAGUCACCUUCUGGGAGUUGCUGCUUCAGCGCUGCUACAACUUCGAGAACGAGCUGCUGCAGCAGCAGCCAGAAGCAGCAGCAGCUGUAUCCACUCUACUCAGUAGCAGAAACAGUAGCGGCAGCAGCAACGAGGCAACGCCUGGAGAGGUGCGCUCUGCUGCGGCGGCGCUGCAGCAGUGCAGCGAGAGGGCGUCGCUGCUGCUGCUGCGUCACCUGCAGCAGCAAAUCGUGUCCCUCUUCGAUAGACAGCCCACACGCAAGAAGUUGCUGCUGCAGCAGCAGCAACUUGUCGCAGCGUUUCUGGGGGAUAAAUAG